AUGGAUAUCGGCAAUAUGGAGACGAUGGUGGCCAACUCGGCCUACGUGUCGGCACGCGGAAGCGUGGACGGCAACGCCGCGGCCACCAUGCGCGACAAGAAGUACCGCGCCAAGCUGGCGCUGCCUCACAUCCGCAACUGCGAGGCCAUGAAGGCGACAGUGGACUCGGCCUUCGACAGCAUGUGCGUCAAGCAGCCCAUCGGCAAGCGGCUCUUCCAGCAGUACAUGGACAGCGAGGCGGCCCACAAGAACGCCAAUGGCCUCUGGAAGGACAUCGAGGACUACACCGUGGCCCAGGAGAAGGACCGGCUCCAGAAGGCCCAGAAGAUCGUCAACAAGUACUACGAGUCCUCCGCCAAGACCUUCUGCAACUUCCUGGAUGAGAAGUGUGUGACGCGCGUCAAGGAGGACCACAAGAACACUCGCGGCGACCUCUUCAAGGAGACAGAGGAGCAGCUGUUGAAGCAUCUGGAGGCGAAGGCGCUCACCGGCUUCAAGGCCAGCAUGUACUUCCUGCGCUAUGUGCAGUUCAAGUGGCUGGAGGGCCAGUCCGUCGGGGAGGACUGGUUCAACGACUUCCGUGUACUGGGCAAAGGAGGCUUCGGGGAGGUGUGCGCCUGCCAGAUGAAGGCCACAGGGAAGAUGUACGCCAACAAGAAGCUCAACAAGAAGCGGCUGAAGAAGCGCAAAGGUUACGAGGGAGCCAUUGUUGAGAAGCGUAUCCUGGCAAAGGUGCACAGUCGCUUCAUCGUGACGCUGGCGUACGCCUUUCAGACCAAGCAAGAGCUGUGUCUGGUCAUGACCAUCAUGAAUGGAGGAGAUCUCAGGUUUCACAUGUAUAACGUUGAUGAGAAGAACCCAGGCUUCAAUGAGAAAAGAGCAUGUUUCUACACAGCGCAGAUCAUCUGUGGUCUGGAGCACCUUCACCAACACAGGAUCGUAUACAGAGAUCUGAAGCCAGAGAAUGUUUUGCUGGAUGACGCAGGGCAUGUGCGUCUCUCAGAUCUGGGUCUGGCUGUUGAACUGCCGCCUGGAAAAGACAUGACCUCAGGAUACGCAGGCACUCCAGGCUUUAUGGCCCCUGAGCUGCUGGAGAAGAAAGAGUACGACUACACAGUAGACUACUUCACCCUCGGGGUUACCCUCUAUGAGAUGGUCGCUGCCAAAGGCCCUUUCCGCGUUCGAGGAGAGCAGGUGGAGAACACGGAGGUCACGCGACGCAUCCUGAAGGACCCGGUCUCCUACCCAGAGACGUUCAGCAAGGAGCUGAAGGACAUCUGCGAAGGCCUUAUGGAGAAGGACCCACUCAAACGUCUCGGCUUCAAGAGCAAAGACUGCUCUGAGCUCAAAGCUCAAUCCUACUUCAAGGAUCUGAACUGGGGAAGACUGGAAGCAGGCAUGUUGCCUCCCCCAUUCGUGCCCGACCCCAAGGCAGUCUACGCCAAGGACAUCGGCGAUGUGGGCGCCUUCAGCACCGUCAAGGGCGUGCUGCUAGACAACAAAGACUCUGACUUCUACAACGACUUUUCCUCGGGCAACGUCCCCAUCCCCUGGCAGGAGGAGAUGAUCGAGACGGGUGUGUUUGGGGAGCUCAACGUCUGGGCCGAGCCUGGCAAGCUGCCCAAGGACCUGGACCCCAACUAUGUGGAGUCCAAGAGCGGAGGCUGCAUUGUGCUGUGA